AUGGCUGGCUAUUCGUGGCCCAAGUAUCCUCCCUGUGCAAGAGCAUCAUGCACCGAGCCUGAAUGUUGUACUCAAGGGGGAAUGGCCGUCUGGGCUGAACUGCAAGGAAAGCAGGCAUCAGAAGCCAAAGCUGCAAUCGAAAAGCAAUAUCCAUGGGUGACUGUUGUGAUCCUACCUAAAGAUGAUCCUGGAAGUUUUGAUUUCUGUUGUAAUCGUGUAUUUCUUUUCAUUAAUAGCAAUGGCCAGGUCGUGAACGUGCCUCAAAUUGGUUGA